AUGGACUUCGCAAGCAUGCUAGGCCAGAUGGGUGGUGGCGGAGGUGCCAACAGUGCUCAGUCAGGCGACUCGCCUGCUAAUGACAAUGCUGAGAUGGUCUACAUCUCCUCUCUGGCGCUCAUCAAGAUGCUCAAGCACGGUCGACAAGGCGUCCCUCUCGAAGUCAUGGGCCUCAUGCUAGGCGAAUUCGUCGAUGACUACACCGUUCGGGUCGUCGAUGUCUUUGCCAUGCCACAGUCGGGCACAGGUGUGAGCGUAGAAGCUGUCGAUCCCGUUUACCAGACCAAGAUGAUGGACAUGCUCAAGCAGACCGGGAGGCCCGAAGUUGUCGUCGGAUGGUAUCACUCUCAUCCAGGCUUCGGAUGCUGGCUGUCGAGUGUCGACAUGAGCACGCAACAGUCGUUCGAGCAACUAGACCCGCGCGCAGUGGCAGUCGUCAUCGAUCCGAUACAGUCUGUCAAGGGCAAAGUGGUCAUCGACGCCUUUCGGUUGAUCCCUCCCACGCUGGCCAUGAUAGGACAAGAACCUCGCCAGUCUACUUCCAACGUCGGCCAUGUCGCCAAACCCUCGAUCCAGGCUCUCAUUCAUGGCCUCAACAGGCACUACUACUCACUUGCCAUCAAUUUCCGCAAGACCGAUCUCGAGCAAUCUAUGCUACUCAACCUGCACAAGCAGUCCUGGACAGAAGGCCUAAGGCUGAAGGACUUUGAGGAGCACAAGAAGGGCAAUGAAGCUGCCAUCAAAUCAAUGUUGACGCUGGCAAAGUCGUACAACAAGUCGGUCGAGGAAGAGUCCACCCUUACAGCAGCACAACUCAAGACGCGGCACGUGGGCAAGCAAGAUCCAAAGCGGCAUUUGGAAGAUGCCGUCGAGAAGGCGAUGGGCGAUCAGAUCGUCCAAUCGCUCUCGACCAUGCUCCACCUUGUCUCUUCCUAG